GCUGGUCAUGUCAGCCGCGGCUGCAGGGAUCCCCUCACUACAUGUAGCCCCGGGUUCACCCCCUGCCACUGGGAGGAGCAGCUCUGCCCGCCGUGUGGGUGACAGCCCUGACUUGUGACCCCGCUCGCACGCAGAGGACACUGCAGGACGGACUGAGGAGAUGCCACAUCCUGCGGCAGCGGCUUUUACAUAACGCAUCACUAGUCUCAGCAUGGGAACAAGCACGGCUCGUGCAGCCAGCAGCAGCGACUCCCUGAACCCUCCGGGAUCUCCCUCCUUCUGACAUAGAAGCCUGCCCGGUACCGUCUGCGGCGGACAGGCUCGGCGUCUAGCGGCAGGGACUGCUGCUGCGGCUGCUUCGCUGGUCUGUGGGAAUUAUGGCUUGAGACAACAUGGGGAAUCGAAAGAGAAGAGCAUUCUGCAGAUUUCUAGUUUGCCAUUCUCUCAAUGCUGACAGUUUUAAAAGAAAUUUCAAAGAGAAAAGCAAUUAGCUGGUGAACAGUGGUACCAUUGCACAAAGGAGCAAUAACAUCACACCACAACCGCUUCAGUCACUGCAAUGAAUGGGGACACUAUUCAACCUGAAAGUUCCUCCAUCCCUCAGGGCUGGAAUGAGUUCUGUGAGCUUCAUGCCAUCUCCACUGCAAGAGAGUUGGCCAAACAGUAUUGGUUGUUUGCUAACCAAAAUCCGCACCAUGACAUCCUGGCCGCCGAGAAGUUCUCCUUGCAGUUCACGGAUCUCUUUCAACAGUAUUUCAGGAACGAGGUGAGGGAAAAUUGGGGCAUGGACCAGUACAGAUUCUUUCCCUUCAGUAGAGUAAAAGAUUACAGAGAAACAGGUGGCAGGACAUCAGAGGAACCUCCUAGUACGGUUGCAGCAAAAGUGGAGGUUGACUUGACAGCUCGCCAUGAACACACUGAGCAGACAGCUAAUGACUCCACUGUCCAACAAGUGCCUAAAGCAUGGAGCUCCGAGGAGCUCCAAAGCAACAUUACUCCCGCACCUCCAAGGCAAUUCAUUCGAUUCACUUUCAGUGAUAUCAGGAGGAGUAUUCGAAAUAUAUUCCGGAGAAAGUCUGCAGAUUCCACGGAAGCCAGGGACAUUGACACGGAUUUAGCACAGUCACCUACCUGGCAUAAAAGGAUUUUGCAGUGGACUUUAAAAAGGGAGCCAGUGGUUGAACUCCAAAAGGAAGGACUUUUGAAUUACAGCAUGGUAGAUGAUACAAGUAUGGACAAUGGGACUCUUUGGCAGAGGUGUCGGUUGAUUUUACGGAAAGCGAACCCUUUGGAAAAUGAGGAAUACCUAUUAGAAUUGUUUGAUCCACCCAAGUGCUCCAAGCCAAAGUUACGGGUUCCAUGUUCUGCAAUCCAUGAAAUCAGAAAAUGCACCCCCCUGGAGAUGCCUGACAAUGUGAACACAUUUGUUCUAAAGGUUAAUACAACUGAAGUUAUUUUUGAAGUUGUAGAUGACCAGCAGCUAAAUUCCUGGACAUCAGAAAUCAAAGAGUGCAUGAACUGCGGGACAGAAGAGGUUGAUGGAGAGAUGCAGGUGUCUUCUCCUUCAGAUCUAUCUUCGCAGAAUCCCAAUAGUGGCAGCACCAAUUCCAUUAGCCAAGGUUUGUUCAUGCCUUGUGCUGCCUUUUUUGUGCCUCCAGAGCAGUGCUAUCACAAAACUGACCAUUUCUUGUCACCAUAUCCAUGGUUUCAUGGACCUAUCUCUCGGGUCAAAGCAGCACAACUUGUUCAAUUCCAGGGAUCUGAGGGACAUGGAGUCUUCCUUGUGAGACAAAGUGAAACCCGCAGAGGAGAGUAUGUCCUCACAUUUAAUUUCCAAGGCAGAGCUAAGCAUCUGCGUCUCACUUUGACAGAAAGAGGUCUGUGCCGGGUCCAGCACCUCCGUUUCCUGUCUGUAGUAGAAAUGCUUCACUACUUCCGUUUGCACCCAAUACCACUAGAGUGUGGAGCUGCCGGGGACGUGAAGUUGUCUAGCUAUGUAGUGUCAGCUGUUCAUUCACAAGACCAGAGCCCCACAGUCAGUCCGUUACUGUUCCCACUGCCAAUCCAGAGAUCAAGUUUGGAACACAGUGUUUCCCACUUCCAUCAACCAAACCUACGGAGAAACCCCUAUGCGGAUGACAUGCACCCUAGCUCCUACCCUGAGCAGAUUUUCCACUUAGUUCCCCCGCCAGAGGAGCUGGAACGGAACUUCCUACGUAGUGAGUCCGGGAGGGCACAGUCAAGCAGUCAGAGGGAAUCUGAUUACGAGAUGGACUCUGCCUCAAGGGGCCAUAUACGAGCAAUAGACAAUCCUUACACUCCGCUAUGACAGUGCGUGGGUGUGCUGUACAUACUGAACUGACACGUUUACCUUCCUACAAUCACAAAAGCCUUAACACAUGCUGAUCAAGCCAAGAAUGUAUUCUGUCUUUUUUAUUGUGAAUGAUUUCUUUAUAUUGCAGGGAUGAGUAAAGUUGUACAUCCC